UUUUGAUUAGAUCAAUACCCUUUUCUCUCUCCCCACCUCCCCCUUUCCUUUUCUUUCCAGAGAGGAGGCUCAGAUGAGCCCCUGCUGACUUGAGAGAAAGAGAGACCACGCCGAUUGCUGAGAGGAACUGGAAGAAGAGAAAUCCACAAACUCAGUGAGAAGAGCUCCCUCACCAUGAGUAGCGCUGUAUUGGUGACUCGCCUCCCGGACCCCAGCAGCAGCUUCCGAGAGGAUGCCCCGCGACCCCCGGUUCCCGGGGAAGAAGGGGAGACCCCACCAUGCCCGCCCGGGGUGGGCAAGGGCCAAGUCACCAAGCCCAUGCCUGUCUCCUCCAAAGCCAGGCGGAACGAAGAUGGGUUGGGGGAGCCCGAGGGGCGGGCAUCCCCGGAUUCCCCUCUGACCAGGUGGACCAAGUCCUUGCACUCCUUGCUGGGCGAUCAAGACGGUGCUUACCUCUUCCGGACUUUUCUGGAGAGGGAAAAGUGCGUGGAUACCUUAGACUUCUGGUUUGCCUGCAAUGGAUUCAGGCAGAUGAACCUGAAGGAUACCAAAACUUUACGAGUAGCCAAAGCGAUCUAUAAAAGGUACAUUGAGAACAACAGCAUCGUCUCCAAGCAGCUGAAACCUGCCACCAAGACCUACAUAAGAGAUGGCAUCAAGAAGCAGCAGAUUGAUUCCAUAAUGUUUGACCAGGCACAGACUGAGGUUCAGUCGGUGAUGGAGGAAAAUGCCUACCAGAUGUUUUUGACUUCUGAUAUAUACCUCGAAUAUGUGAGGAGUGGGGGAGAAAACACAGCUUACAUGAGUAACGGGGGACUGGGGAGCCUAAAGGUCGUGUGUGGCUAUCUCCCCACUUUGAAUGAAGAAGAGGAGUGGACUUGUGCUGACUUCAAGUGCAAACUUUCACCCACUGUGGUUGGCUUGUCCAGCAAAACUCUGAGGGCUACAGCAAGUGUGAGGUCCACGGAAACUGUUGAAAAUGGAUACAGGUCCUUCAAGAGGAGCGAGCCCGUUAAUCCAUAUCAUGUAGGUUCCGGCUAUGUCUUUGCACCAGCCACCAGUGCCAAUGACAGUGAGAUAUCCAGUGACGCACUGACAGAUGACUCCAUGUCCAUGACGGACAGUAGUGUAGAUGGAAUCCCUCCUUACCGCGUGGGGAGUAAGAAACAGCUCCAGAGAGAAAUGCACCGCAGCGUGAAGGCUAACGGCCAAGUGUCUCUACCUCAUUUCCCGAGAACCCACCGCCUGCCCAAGGAGAUGACCCCUGUGGAGCCUGCCACCUUUGCGGCCGAGCUGAUCUCGCGGCUGGAGAAGCUGAAGCUGGAGCUGGAGAGUCGCCACAGCCUGGAGGAGCGGCUGCAGCAGAUCCGAGAGGAUGAAGAGAAGGAGGGGUCCGAGCUUGCGUUGGGCUCACGGGAGGGGGCUCCCACCCAGCACCCCCUCUCCCUCCUUCCAUCUGGCAGCUAUGAGGAGGACCCGCAGACCAUCCUGGACGAUCACCUGUCCAGAGUCCUUAAGACCCCUGGCUGCCAGUCACCUGGCCUAGGCCGCUACAGUCCCCGUUCCCGCUCCCCCGACCACCACCACCAUCAGCAGCACCAGCAGCCGCAGCAGUACCACUCCCUUCUUCUGCCCGGGGGCAAGCUGCCCCCCGCCUCCAUCCCACCGGGCACCUGCCCCCUCCUCGGGGGCAAGGGCUUUGUGACCAAGCAGAUGACGAAGCACGUCCACCACCACUACAUCCACCACCACGCCGUCCCCAAGACCAAGGAGGAGAUCGAGGCGGAAGCCACACAGAGGGUGCGCUGCUUCUGCCCCGGGGGCACCGAGUAUUACUGCUACUCAAAGUGCAAGGGACACCCCAAGGCUCCAGAGCCUGCACCCGGGGAGCAGUUUGGUGGCAGCAGAGGCAGUACCUUGCCCAAACGAAAUGGGAAAGGCAUGGAGCCGGGCCUGACCCUGCCCGCCAGGGAAGGAGGGACCCCCAGCGGAGCAGGGGCCCUGCAGCUUCCGGGGGAGGAAGGAGACAGGUCGCAGGAUGUCUGGCAGUGGAUGCUGGAGAGUGAGCGGCAGAGCAAGCCCAAGCCCCAUAGUGCCCAAAGCACAAAAAAGGCCUACCCCUUGGAGUCUGCCCGUGCGCCCCCAGGUGAACGAGCUAGCCGGCACCACCUGUGGGGGGGCAGCGGGCACCCCCGCACUGCCCCCCGCACCCACCCAUUUACCCAGGACCCUGCAAUGCCUCCCCUGACCCCACCCAACACCCUGGCACAGCUGGAGGAAGCUUGCCGCAGGCUGGCUGAGGUGUCGAAGCCCCCAAAGCAGCGGUGCUGUGUGGCCAGUCAGCAGAGGGACAGGAACCACUCGGUCACUGGACAGGCAGGAGCCACACCCUUCUCCAACCCGAGCCUGGCUCCAGAAGAUCACAAAGAGCCAAAGAAACUGGCAGGUGUCCACACGCUCCAGGCCAGUGAGUUGGUCGUCACUUACUUUUUCUGUGGAGAAGAAAUUCCAUAUAGGAGGGUGCUGAAGGCUCAGAGCUUGACCCUGGGCCACUUUAAAGAGCAGCUCAGCAAAAAGGGAAAUUAUAGGUAUUACUUCAAAAAAGCAAGCGACGAGUUUGCCUGUGGAGCGGUUUUUGAGGAGAUCUGGGACGACGAGACAGUGCUCCCCAUGUACGAAGGCAGGAUUCUGGGCAAAGUGGAGAGGAUCGAUUGAGCCUUGGGGGUCCGGCUUUGGCCAACUGUGGAGCCGAAGCGCAUGUGACCUGUCUUGGGCACGAGCGACCACGACAGAACACGUUGAAGGAAAACUAAACCAAUGAAGAAGACAAAGUCUAGGGAAGAAUUGGCCACUGGGCCUUGGGGAGGGUGGGAGGGGGUGAUUUUCAUUAUUCACGAGCUGAGUACUGAGAUAAGAGAAGCCUGAACUAUUUAUUACAAACAUGACCACUCUUGACUGGUGAAGAUGCUGACUGUUUGAGAGGCUGCCAUGCAUAAUAUAUGACUUGCUAGGGAUCUGCAAUCCACCAACUACGAGAAGCUGUGUACAGCUUACCUGGACAGGAACCUUACUGAUAUUUAUUGAACCAUUGAUUUCCCCCAUCCCCAGUUUGUGAUAUGCUGCUUUAAACGUGGAAGGGGGAGUGAGGGAGUUUUAAUUGUUCUGUCUGACCUUAGGAGUUGAGCUAGGAGUGCGUGCAUAACCUUCAUUCACAGGGGAGUAGGCUUUGCACUGCGUUUCUCCAAGUGAAGACAGACUGUUUUAAAUGGUGCCCUACCAUUGACACACACAAAUUGGUGCAUUUUUUUUUUCUAUGCUGCUCUAUUUUGUCAUAAAGGUCUUGAGGGUUGACUGUGUGGCAAUGUCAUCGCCAUUUUGGGGUUGUCACGUUGGAUGGGAGGAUCCGUUGUGGAGGAGGUGGGGGAGCCUCGUUGUGGCCCCAGGUUUAUCCUGUGACUGAGGUUCCUCAUCUUGAAGCCCCCCACCCCCAGGCCCAGGGCCCAGUGGCUGAGGCCUGUUAGAAUCACUGUCUGGUGGUUCAAGCUUGUGCUUUUAUUGAAAUGACAGUUCCUUGGUUUUUGGUGUUUGGGUUUUUUUUUUUAAAGCCUUUGGACCACAGCCAUUCAGGAAACUACCCCCGUGCCCCGCAAAGAAGUGAACAGUUGUGGGGAGACCCAGCAGCACCUUUCCUCCAGACACCUUCAUUUCGAUGUUCGGGUUUUUGUGUUAAGUUAAUCUGUACAUUCUGUUUGCCAUUGUUACUUGUACUAUACGUCUGUAUAUAGUGUACGGCAAAAGAGUAUUAAUCCACUAUCUCUAGUGCUUGACUUUAAAUCAGUACAGUACCUGUACCUGCACGGGGACCCACGCCGUGUGUCGCCCUAUAUUGAGGGCUCAAGCCUUCCCUUGUUUUUUGAAAGGGGUUUAUGUAUAAAUAUAUUUUAUGCCUUUUUAUUACAAGUCUUGUACUCAAUGACUUUUGUCAUGGCAUUUUGUUCUACUUAUACUGUAAAUUAUGCAUUAUAAAGAGUUCAUUUAAGGAAAAUUACUUGGUACAAUAAUUAUUGUAAUUAAGAGAUGUAGCCUUUAUUAAAAUUUUAUAUUUUUCAAA